AUGAAGUUCUCGAUUCCGUUGUUGGCCACGGUGGCUCUCGCCGCCGCCGAGUGUUCGGUGGAAAACAACGUCUACUACUGUCUGCCCACUAAGAAGGUGGUGUUCACCAAUGUCGGCUUCUCGGGCUCCUACAACAAGGUGACGCUGAUGAACUCGCAGCUGGGCCAAUGCUCGCUGCAACCGUACUCGUUCCUGGGGACGUUGGCCCCCGUCGACGAGGAAUUGUCCGUCCACUUCCGCGGGCCCAUCAACGUCAAGCAGUUUGGCGUCUACUACCCGUCGCUGGGCGCGCAACAACAAAAGCGCGAAGAGGACUGCCAGACGCGCCACGUCCACCACAAGCACAAGCGUGCCACCACUGAGGUCGUUAUCACCCGUACCAUCAUCGUCGACGGCCAACAAACCCCCGUUGCCGCCACUGAAACCUUCAACGGGGACGAAAACUUGGCCGGGGUGCAAAAGGCGUACCGUCCCGAUAUCCUGACCAAGUCGGCCCCCACCACUACUCUGGCGGGUCCCCAACCCUCGGCCGCUCAAGCCGGCGACUGGACCAGAGUGUCGUACUACCAACCGGGUACCGGCAACAACGUCACCUUCUUGAACCACUUUGGUGGCCAAGGCUCGGGUGUGUGGGACUCGGUGUUCGGCAACUCGUUGUCGUACUGCAACCACGACGCCUCCGGCGGGCUGCUGUCGCCGGUGGUGUUGGACGACGUCACCAUUGGCUCCAACAAGGAGUACAUGAUCAUGUCGGGUGAAAAGUGUGACGAGCUGUGUGGCUACUGCCGUGACGGCACCGUCGCCUACAAGGGGUGGGCCGGUACCGAAAAGAUCUUUGUGUUUGAAUUCCUGAUGCCCCACGAAGGCGACAAGAACUCGUUCAACGGCGACAUGCCCGCGGUGUGGAUGUUGAACGCCCAGAUCCCCCGUACCUUGCAAUACGGUAAGAAGGAGUGCUCGUGCUGGUCGACCGGGUGUGGUGAAUUGGACUUGUUUGAAGUGUUGUUGGGUGGUUCUGACAAGAUGAUCGCUCACUUGCACACCUCGCAAGGCGCCCCCGCCGGCACCAACUACGGCGGUGGUGGUUCGCAAGACUACUUCAACCGUCCCACCGACGGCACGAUGAAGGCGGCCGUCAUCUUCCACGACGACCAGAUCCACAUCCAACAAUUGGACGACUCGACCACCUUCGGCGACAACUUGUCGGCGGACACCGUCAACCAGUGGUUGGCCCAGGCUGGUUCCCAAGCCGCCAUCGGAUACUAG